ACCAAUUUCUUGAAAACAAAUUUCAAUCACAAAGUCAAACCCAUUUCCCCCAAUAGAUUAUAUGCUACCUCCAUUCACAAACAAAAAACAGUUAAAAGAAAUCAGAUGGGGUGGAUUUGGAAGGAAGAACACUUGGAUUUAAUCCUGGUGCCAUUUGGGUUAUUGAUAAUGUUCGUCUAUCAUCUCUACCUUCUCCACAAAUACCUCAAUGAUUGUAAAGAUACAGCGCUCGUCUACGAGAAUAAUAACAAAAAGGGCUGGGUUCAAAAAAUUCUUCAGGUUGAACAAAAAGAUAGAGGGUUUGCAGUAGCUGUUCUUAACGGUCAAUUAUCAGCCUCGACUUCCCUAUCUUCAAUCUCUUUAGUUCUAUGUUCUCUUAUUGGAGCUCUACUCGGAAACUCAUCCAAUAACUUCAUUACAAGCAGUAUGAUCUUAGGGGAUACGAGUAAAUCCACAAACUCCGUCAAAUACGUAGCCAUUCUAUCGUGUUUCCUAUUGGCAUUUUCUUGUUUUGUACAAACCACAAGGCACUUUAUUCAUGCUAGUUUCCUCAUAUGUAUGCCUACGGGCGAUGUUCCUGUUAAAUGCAUCCAAAAAGCAGUGAUAAGAGGAAGCAAUUUCUGGGCAGUCGGAUUGCGUGCACUCUACUUUGCAACCACUUUGCUCCUAUGGAUUUUUGGCCCGAUUCCUAUGUUUAUUGGUUCUGUAGCUAUGGUCAUAGUUCUGCAUUUCUUGGAUAUCACUAAAGAACCCAUGAUUCAGUAUGAACCAGACAAGAAGAUAGCGCAAAAAACUUCUAUAGUUGGAGCUCUUGAUCAAAAUGGCAGACCAUAAAGAAAUGGAACAAAUCUACUUCAGAAAUCGCAUAUUCUGGAUCAAGAUCAAAUCUUUAUCUGUUCUAGCUAAUUUGUCCUUUCAUUUCUUGUUUCUAACAGGCUUUUUUAUCUUCAAA